AUGGGGCGACGGGUGAUGGCAAUAGUGAUGGAGAUGGGGACAGGACGGGGCGACAACAAUGGAGACAGGGAUGGGGACGGGACUGGCGUGGUGGUGGUGGGCGACGGCGAUGGUGACAGCGACGGGGACGGGUUGGCGGCGGUUCUGUUCGUGCACCGGUACAGCGGGAGCAUGCCACUGAGUACGGCCCUGCUAAUCCCCUCCUGCUACCUGUUCAACGGCGUGGCCAUGAUCUACGUGCAGUGCCAGCGCCUGAGCCGCGGCCUCUCGGAGCCCGCCGUCGACCUGCUCUACCCCGGCGCACUCGUCUUCGCCGUCGACACCGCCGGCAACUUCUACCACCACCACCUCCUCUCGAGGCUUCGAGCCGCCGGCGGCGGCGACAAGGGGUACAAGAUCCCCCGGGGCGGCCUGUUCGAGCUCGUCGCCUGCCCGCAGUACCUCUUCGAGAUCAUCGGGUUCGCCAUGAUCUCGGCAGACGAUGGUUGA